AGAGUGCGAGGCUCUUUUGUUCGGCUGAGGGGAGGGCCGUUGGCCGGGGCCUGCGGUACGCCGCUUCAGUGAGGGGCUCCACUGCGGCCACUCGGCUUGUUGCUUUCUGGGCGCCACUCCCCCCCCCCCGGCCGGCCCGACGCGACGCGCCAGUAGCGCGACCCCGAUUCUUCUCGAGCUCUUGGGCGCUGCUUUGAGGCCAUAGCAGAGAGCUGGAUCGGAAGUGGAGCAGCCGGGACUCGAACCGAACCGGCGCCCGGAUGGGAAGCCGUCGCUGCAGGCCUCGGCUUUACUCUCUGCGCCACAACGCCAGGCCCCGAGAUGGAGUAUUUUUUAAAAGAUAAGUUAUACUAGAACCUGUGGCAAGAGCAGCGUCACCCUUUACACCAGAAAGCUGGCGGGCACUAUGGGGAAAAAACAAAACAAGAAGAAAGUGGAGGAGGUGCUAGAAGAGGAGGAAGAGGAAUAUGUGGUGGAAAAAGUUCUUGACCGAAGAGUUGUAAAGGGCAAAGUGGAGUACCUCCUAAAGUGGAAAGGUUUCUCAGAUGAAGACAACACGUGGGAACCAGAAGAAAAUCUGGAUUGCCCUGACCUCAUUGCUGAGUUUCUGCAGUCACAGAAAACAGCACAUGAGACAGAUAAGUCAGAGGGAGGCAAGCGCAAAGCUGAUUCUGAUUCUGAAGAUAAGGGAGAAGAGAGCAAACCAAAGAAGAAGAAAGAAGAGUCAGAAAAGCCACGAGGCUUUGCCCGGGGUUUGGAGCCGGAACGGAUCAUUGGAGCUACAGACUCAAGUGGAGAACUCAUGUUCCUGAUGAAAUGGAAAAACUCUGAUGAGGCCGACCUGGUCCCUGCCAAGGAAGCCAAUGUCAAGUGCCCACAGGUUGUCAUUUCCUUCUAUGAGGAAAGGCUGACGUGGCACUCCUAUCCCUCGGAGGAUGAUGACAAAAAAGAUGACAAGAAUUAAGUCUCUUGAGUACCAGCCCCAUCACAUCCGACUGUGGGUUUCAAGUGAGGAGGGAAGAAGUUCUACUUGUCUUGACACCAUAGAGGUGGCUUGAGAAGAUGUCCUUUGAAGAGCCAGUAUAGUUUCUGUGCCCUGCAGCAGCCCAAGUGCUUUAAGCUGUUCCAAGCUAUGUAGUUCACACACCCAUCCCAGUGGAGGGGAAUGGGGAGAAGUGUUUCAAGGCAGCCCGUUCUGUGCUUUGCUGAGAGAAGCAAAGGGCCUUCUAUGAAGGACAAAACUUGCAGAAUUGGGUGUGUGGGAGAACAAAAAGAUACUGUAGGUCUUCAAAGAGCAUCUCCACAACCCACAGCCUUCUUCCCAAUAGUGUUAACUCUGCGUUUUUACAGCGUAGCAUGUGUGUAGUUUUUGGCUAUUACUGGUGUAUUAUUUAGGGGUGGGAGGGAUGGGAUAGGGAGAAAGGGAAAUGGGUUGGAUCAUUUUGAUUAAAAUUUGGGGCUUGAUUGGGGAAAUGAUGAAACAGUAGAGAGAACAACUAACUGAAGAUUCGGUUCUAUGUCCAGGAUAUUUUACCUUUUCAAAAAAAUGUCAUUGACACCAUAAAUGGGGACUGCGAGAGACUGUUUAAAAGCUGUGAAUGCCUGAAACCUGUAAGCCAAGGUGUUCCCUGCCUGAGCUUAAUGUCCCCCACAGAGGACUAAGCCAGUUCACAAGUUACCAAAGCUGCCGUUUUGGAGAUGGAGACUGACUGGGGAGGGAGAAUGUACACAGGCAGAUAGAGCAUUCUGUCUCAGAGGUGCUAAUUCUUGAAAUUAGACAAGACCCUUUCUUUUCCAAUUAUGAAGUUGUAUCAGCUUAUCCAUCCAAACCACUGGCUGAGGUAUUGGAAGAGGGGAAGAGAGUGGUACAGGAGAUGGCAGAGUAGGGAAGAACAAGGACCCAUACUCCUAAGGUAGCAAACUCUUGAAGCCUCUGGUUUGUUUUGAAUUUUGAACUCUGAAACCAUGGGUGGCAGGGUUCAGUCACUGACAGCACAAGUUUCAUUGAAACUAUUCAAGGGUUGAAUUUCAGAAGCCCUGGUCUCAGGAGAAGAAUAAUCAUUCAUACUGGGGCAGUGGUUUACUUUGAAACACCAAACCGUUUUGUUUUUUUUAUCCUAAGAAUUAACUGAGACCCAAGAUGUUCCGUCUUGAUUCCCAAGAUCCAUCAGUUCUUGACAUGGUCUAGACCUGCAUCUAGAGCUGCAUUGUAAAAAUCUCUGUAGGCAUGUGUUAGGUUUCUGUGAAAACUUUGUUUAAAUGUAAACUUCAUACCACACUCAGUUUUUGUCUUAAUAAAACUAUAGAUUUAUAUUCUCUGA